AUGGAAAUAUUAAAUAAUAAUUUAGCCCAAUCUGAUACGGAUGAGAUUGAUUAUAGUUUUUGGGAUAUGGGGCUAAAAGAAGACAUUUUAAAAGGUAUCUUUGCUGUUGGCCUCGAAAACCCUAGUGCUGUUCAACAAAGGGCUAUUAAAGUAAUUUCCAGAGGUAGCGAUAUAAUGAUUCAAUCUUGAAGCGGAAGCGGAAAGUCUACAGCAUUUAUUAUUGGAAUGCUGCAAUCAAUAAAUCUAGACACCAAUGAGCUGCAGGCAAUAAUUUUGGAACCUACCAGAGAAAUGGCUAAAGCACUAUAUACACAAAUAGUUAAGAUUGGGGAAUAUUUAAAUGUCAAAGCGCACGCUAUUUUUGGAGGCAUUAAUUUCGCUGAGAGUAAAAGAGUGCUAACUCUCCAUCAAUGAGCAAACAAAAGUAGAAGGGAAAAAAUCCUAUUGUUUGAGGAAAACAAUCUGAGAGCGAGGGAAAAAUUUUUUAUGAAAAAAAAUUUAAUAAAUAAGUGAUAAUUAUUAUAAUGAAAUUUCAAGCUAACUUUACUCAAUUUUAAAAAGCUUGUAUUAUAAACAUAUUUUACAAAUUAAAUUAAAUCAUUCUGAGAAUUGGAUGUAUAUAAAUUUUUUUCAAAAAAAACUCCAUCAGCGAGCAAAAUAUUUUUGCAGGCUCACGGAGGGAGGGGUAAGGAAUAGUAUUCAUGUAAUAGUUGGUACCCCAGGAAGAACCCAUGAUUACAUUAAAAAGGGCGUUAUUUCUGCAGCUAGAAUUAAAAUUUUUAUUAUAGAUGAAGCUGAUGAGAUACUGGGAAGAGGAUUUAAAGACCAAGUACUUGAAAUCUUCCAAUUUUUGCCUAAAAACUUUCAAGUUUGUUUCUCUUCUUCAACUAUGCCAGUAGAUGUCUCUGAAAUGGUAGAAAUAUUCAUGAAAAAUCCAGUAAGAAUAAAAUUAAUAGCCAAAGAAUUAACUUUGGAAGGAGUUAAGCAAUAUUAUAUUCAAGCCGAAGGCGAAGCUAAAUUGUCUAUUCUUUUGGAUCUUUUAGAUUCUAUUGAGAUAUGUCAAGUUAUUAUUUUUUGUCACAAAAAAGAGACAGUAGAAGCAUUAGUUCAAGCUUUUCAAGGUAAUAAGUCCUUCACCCUCUUGAGCGAAUAAAAAAAUUGAAAAUAUUCCUAUUUUUUGGGUAAAAACCUACUUUCCAUGAGCGAACAAAUAUAUAAAUGUUUUUAAAAAAAAAAUUUGAGAUAUAAGUGAUAAUUAGUUUAAUAAGAUUGGAAUUUUUUAAAUUUCGAAAAAAAACUACAAUAAAAUUUAGAUAAAUUUUUUAAAAAAAAAAUUAACCUCCCUCGAGUGAACAAAAUUUUUCGUUCACUCGCGGAGGGGGCAGUAAUUACAGUGUAUCGUUUAUCCAUAAUGACAUGAAUCUAAAUCAGCAGGAAAAAGCUAUGAGAGAUUUCAGAACUGGAUCUACUAGAAUUCUGAUCGUGACUGAUUUAACGAGACGUCUUAUUGAUCUUCACCAAAGUUUUAUUAUACAUUAUGAUUUUCCAUUGAAUUAUGAGAAUUAUAUUACAAGAGUUGGUGGCAAAUCAGGGAUUUAUGGCCGCAAAGUGCUUUCAAUUGGCUUUAUAAAUCAAAGCGAGUUUCAAUUUUUAAAAGACCUGGAGAGUCAUUUCUCAACUAUCAUUGAAGAAUUGCCUAAUGAUAUUUCUAACUUAUUAUAUAGGGCCUUCCUAUAGAUGGCGCGCAAUGCGCCAUCACCGAGCCAUGUCGGGAGAGGGUUCCACACGAGGAAUGGUUCUACGUGUGAACCCUCUUUUUGACCUGUGAGAAAACUACUUUCCACGAGCCAAAAAGAGGGUUCCACACGUAGAACCAUUCCUCAUGUGGAACCCUCUCCCGACAUGGCCCGGUGAUGGCGCAUUGCGCGCCAUCUAUAGGAAGGCCCUAUAA